AGCCAAUAGAAGAAGGGGCGAGGGAGCAACUCUGCUGGUUGUUGGCUUUCUUUGCGAGGACGGAAGGAAACGAGCGCUUUCAACUCCGCCUCUGAGCGGCUGCGCGCGCGCGCGCUACAGAAGCAGCGCACCGCGACUUGCGUGGUGCCCCGCGCGCUCACAACAACCGCUGGCGCGGCACGGCUCCUCGCUCGCUCGCUCGCUCGCCCGACGACAACAACAACAACAACACAGCCAACGGGGUGACGAGCUGGAGGAGGAGGCGGUGGUGGUGGUGAGUGUCAGAGCCAAGUGAGGUGAGGCGAGGAAGGAGAGUGAGGGGGGGACGGGGAAGGAUUUGACCCUCCGCCGGCUCCCAUCCCGUCACCACCCGGGGCAUCGUUCGCCCAUCGCCAGUCGGGACGACUCCCCCCCCCCCACACACCCCCUCCCCGGGGUUGAGCACGGCCAUGCAGUUCCCGCACGCGUCGCCUCCUCCCGCGCCGCUCCGCGUGCCGCUGUACGCGCCGACCCCGGUGCAGGUGGCCCACCCGACACCCUUCUUCAUCGAGGACAUCCUGAGACGCGACGGCGUGGGCUGCGCCAGCGGCGCCGACGAGCGCGCCAGGAGGCGUCCUUCCCAGCCGCCUCUGCCGCCGCUCCAGAGCUCGCCACCGGGGGCCCCUCCGGCCGCGGCCGCCACCCUGCACCCGUCUCCCAACUCGUCCUUCACGUCCGUGACGCCCGGCUACAGGAGCGCGCCCGUGACCUACGGCGAGAUGACCGCCGUGUCGGGCCACCACGCGCACGCGGCCGCUGCCGCUGCUGCAGCCGCUGUGGCCGCCGGGUACCCCUCGCACGGGCAGCCGCUCGCCUACGCGGCCACCCUGGGCUUCCCGGGACACCUGUACCCCUACCCGCGCACGGCGCUCGAGUUCGGGCAUCCUUUGCUGGGUCGGCACGACCACCUCGGCAAACCGCUGCUGUGGGCUCCCUUCCUGCCGCGGCCCGCACACAAGCGCAAGGGCGGCCAGGUGCGCUUCAGCAGCGAGCAGACCGUGGAGCUGGAGCGCAAGUUCGAGCGGCAGAAGUACCUCUCCCCCGGCGAACGCAAGGGCCUGGCCAAGCUGCUGCAGCUCAGCGAGCGACAGGUGAAGACCUGGUUUCAAAACAGGAGGGCGAAGUGGCGGCGACUCAAGCAGGAACUUCCGUCAGACGGCAAAGUGGAGUCUGGAGAAUCCGGAGCCAGAGCCGAUCCCUGCGGGCCCCCCUCGGACUGCAGUCGCUCCGACAGCCCCCCCACCGUCUCCUCUGACGAUAGCGACGAAGAUGUGGACGUGGAUGAACCCAACUAAGGAGUGCCUCUACUCACCGCCCUUCCCAUCACACCCCCCUCCACAACCAAAUUGUAAUUUGGCUCCCACCACCAUCACCACCACCAGCAACCACCCUGCACCCCUGAGCUAAACCAUGGACUCACGUCGGAAGGUAUAAUUCAUGGUAUUGUAUUGUUGGAGCCACUGUGUUGUACCACUGGCCCGGCAGCGUACCAAUGACGGCAUCUCGUGCACAUACGAAACCUCGUACGUUUACUGGAACGAAGAGGUACAACCAAGAGGUGACACGCAGCACGUGCUGGGAAUUUCUAGGAACACGUCAAUUGGAAAGUGGCAGAAACAAAUAUUGUGCAGAGCUACGGAGAUCGGGGCUUCUCAAGACUCGACUCCUCACGACCCAAAUGCCCACGCCUCAUUAUUGCUGAACAUCAACGCCAUGUGAGGUAUAAAUAACAACAAACUCAACUCGUUCGUCAAUAACUCCGUGGUCUAACAAGGAAGCGUGUAUAAUGGGUGACGUUUCGGGCAAUGGCCCUUCUUCAUGUGCUAUACAUAUAUAUUUCCUUUUAAGGCCACGCUGGCAUGGACAAAUGUGUUGAGUUUUAUUUGUAUUAUUAUUUGCGCUUGUGCACCACUGCCGACGCAGUAUCCGCCGUGUACAGCAAAUAGUUAUUUUUUUAAUAACGAUUGAGCAUUAUUGAGUAUGCGCGAUGUUUGCUGCUGUAACUCACCUAACGUGCUCGUGGGAGAGUCCCUGCGCGUGUAAAGUGCGGACAGUGUUAAAGGAACCUCUCCUUUUUGCUUUUGUGCCUGCAUCUCUUUCGCACAAAGUCGUCGGGUGGAGAGGAUGAACCCGGUUCGAUUGUUGGCAAUCACGUGUUGCUCCUCUCGAGCGCUUUUGUCGUGCUGUUUCAUUCAAUAUUCCAUAGCAUUAAGCACCAACUUUAUAUGUACGGAGUUGAUUUAAUUGUUGUUUAUUAUUAUAAUUAUUAUUAUUUGUCGUUGGCCUGUACAUUGCGUUGUACAUUUACACGGUCGAUGCACGCAGCAUUUUCGUCUCGUCUCACACAUUCUGAUCACUUUCAGGUUCCGCCGAGUGUCGAGCAUUGCCCAUUCAAGCCUUUUACAUUCAAUGUACAAUGUGCAGCCCUUUCGUUAAUCCACUGCUAGAUGAGAGCCUCUGUGGGCCCUGAGGGCUGUUGACCCACAUAUGGGCCUCCCUGAGGUCAACUCGGCCUUAGACGAGUACCGUGUGUAAACUCGUGCGGUGUGUAAACAUGAGCACUGGGGAGACAAAGGCGGAAGAGCAUGGUGUAGGCGACCAGCCCAUUCGUGCUGCGUGCCAGCACUUGCCCCAACAGUCCGUCCAGGCUGUACAGGGGAUCAUUAUCCGUGACAACCUAUCACCACGUUUGUACGUGCAGGUUGGAGAAGGUGGGUGGGCAUAGACACAGGAUAUAGUGCAGUACAACAAUGUGCCGCUCCACAAUGUCGCGUCGCCUAUAGCACCUGCUUGUGCAUAUGCGGUCACCCAUCAAAGCAAUAUUCAGGCUUAAACCCUGCUUAGCUUCCGAGAUCAGGUACAUUCCGUGUGACUUGUUCCAAAACUUCUCUACUAUUUCACAUAGAGGGUAGGCCAAUGGUCAGGACACAUAGGGAGGUUUAAUUUAUUUCAACACAGGCAUCCAAACAUUUUACUUGCGUAUUAUUUAAGUUAAUAUUUAAUCGUUUAACAUUAUUCAUAUCGAUUUUUCUUCUCCGUACUGUUGGGUCAACUGAAAUUCGUUGUUUACAAAAACUCGACCAAGAACCCGGAGUGAAUUGAGACAAAACAUAAUUGAUGAAUGUUGAAAGAUUACACGCCUGUCAUCUUUAGGGCGGGGGGGGAAGACCUACGUUCACUUCAAACGAGAAUUGUAUUCAUCGUGCAUUAAUGUUAAUGGAAUUCUUUAGAACCCCGUGUAAUUUGUUGAAAUAAUUAUAAUAACAACCCUACACGUGUCCUGACUUUUGGACCACCCUGGAGAACACUUCACAGAGACAAAUAAAAACGUGUACAGGGACUCCUCUACUUAUGAACGAGUUAGGUUCCAGAGGUCUGUUCGAAAAUCGAAUUGUUCGUUAGUCCAAUUUUACCCCUGUCGAUUCCAAACAUGUUGUACGCCAUGUACACUCAACACGGGGAAUGGCUUUUCGUUGUAUAAUCUCCUGUAGAUGUAGAUGCCCCUGGCUCUUCACGUUCUGCAGAUGUAGAUGCCACCACCGCCAUCUAUUGCGUGGUGGUUGAACUUACGACUCUCGGACCGAACAGGCAACUGGACAUACGGACAGAUUUGUUCGUAUCUCUGAAAGUUCGUAAGUCGAAUGUUUGUAAGUAGAAGAGUCCCUGUAAUGUCUAGGCGACUGUGGGAUGUCUCCAACGUUUUGACACAAUUCUCGAAUGUUCAGGCGAUGUGUAAUUUUCAGGUAGUGUUGAUGGAUGUUCAGGUAGCCUGUAUGGGCUGUUAUUGAACAGCUUGAAUGUUUAUGGGUUUUUGUGUAUGAACUGUGUGAUAAAUUGACCAGACGGAGAAUUGUCGUGCAACAUUUUCUCCAAUCGAAGACACCGGUGGUAUAAAACUAUGAGCUAUGAAUGGGUUUCCGUUUUGUCAUAAAAUCAGUUUUUUUGGUUUUAAAUGUGUACAGUUGAUGUGUUGUGUAUAUGUACAUUCGUAAUUAAACUAACACAGUACAGUACGAUGUUUUUGUACUGUAAAGAUGAUGAGAUAUAAUUCACCCUAUGGUGCGGAAUCAUCUGGUUUGGGGCGUGGGUAUAGCAAAUGGCUGUGAGUUUCAACGCGUGACGAAUAUGAGCCGACACUGAAGACCUUUGAGGUUUUAUUUCCAAACAAACGUGGAUAUUUUAGGACAGUUAAAACCACGUGCGUUAUUGACAUCAUCGAGCACUCUACACGCACCCGUCCGCUAUCACCGCAACUCCAAAACGUGUAGAUGUUCUGACCUUUGUUCACGCGUGCAAGCUACGUAGGUAUACUUGGCAGAUGUGUAGUGCCCGUUUGCAGGCCAGGUGCUGGCUGAGUUAAGCCUUUGUGUCGUACAGGGACAGCUGCUGCUGCUGCUGGAGGUGCCCCUUUCAAAUGUGUCGAGAUGUGAGAUGUCAAGCGCUCCUGAUGCACUGCGACGUGUCGGAGGAUGGCUAUAUCAAAACCAAAUCAGUAUCAUUUUACAUAUAUUUACAUACACACAUGCACACGUGUAAGCAUUUACACAUAAUUUAUAUGAGAGAUACCCCAAAACUAAUACCUCUUAUUUGUUAUAUAAUUUUUUAUUGAAUUUAUCCCAAGUUGUAUAUAAUGAUUCAUGGAAUUGUCAAGCAUUUGUCAGAUGGCGUGAGGCCUCCUGCAAUUCGACAAUAGGUUUGAGGACACCGUGCGCUUAAUAUAUUUUUUUCCGGAACUUUAGUACCAGUGAGCCUGAACACACGAGGGACAACUAGCACGGAUUGGAUCGACUGCUUAUAUGCCCCAUCGACCGUGAACAGCCCAGAUGUGGCACCCACACUUUGUCACAAUCCCCGUGUUCCUUGAAAGACUAAAGAUGAAUUGGGACAGUUUUUUUUGUGAUGACGCUGCUGUAUCUACAGGACGCUGUUCACAAAUGGCUACACGGUGCUGAUGAUCUGGUAUCAAUUCCACGUACGAAUUAAGGGCUUGUGACGAGGAUAGAUGAUUUGGCGAUGCUGAGUUGGCAGCUGCACCAAUUAAGACACAAAUGCAACACACUGUGUUAUUGCGUAAUGUGUUGAGUUUUAUUUCCAGAUAAGGAAUAGAUAGAUGAGAGUGUUUGGCCAAAUAUUCAUGACAUUCUCGCGAACGAAAAUGGAAAACUUUGUAUCAUGCAUGAUGUUGAACUUCUUUCGCGCCGUACGUAGCCAACCGUACUAAUCAGAGAGCGUAAUACAUGGGGAUGGGUCAAGUGAAUAGCAGGUAUUCAUUUUCAGGACAUCUGUUGUGUACGCUCACACACAGAUAGAUAUGCACCCAGUGUUAGAUCCAUAAUGUGUGCCUUAUCAUCUGGCAGCCACCAGUAUAAUUCGUAAUUACACAAGAUUGUGUCGUCAUGUACUGUACAUACGUAGUGGUUAAAUUAAAUGCUGUGAUGAAUGUAUGGUGGUGUACAAAACGUGCUUUUUUAUUAUUUACGAAAUAAACUUGUUUUUU